UAGUUCCUAAAAUGCUCAAGAUACUUUUACUUAUCGGUGCUGUACUGUUUAUUACGGUUGAACCACAUCCCGCAAAACCAAAAACACUUUAUCUCACCAAAGUGAAACAUGUUCCAGUGGAGUAUUACGAAGAUGCUGAGAAAGUGAAACCAAAGUCUCAUCAUUUAGGAGAGGUCGAUAGUGAUUUGGGCUCGGAGCACAUAGAUUACUAUGCUUAUCCCAUGUACAAGUUCGAAUAUGGUGUCAAAGAUAUGAAAACAGGUGAUCACAAAAGUCAAUGGGAGAUGCGGGACGGUGAUGUCGUGAAAGGAUCCUACACUCUGGAUGAGCCGGAUGGCACCCAACGCAUCGUGGAAUAUCGCGCCGACGAUAAACACGGAUUCGAAGCCAUUGUGAAAACGAUCCGGCCUCUUCACCAUCGACAGCAGUAUCUAGCGGAACAACAGCAACAGGGCGCGGAAGGCUUGGAAGGACAAGGUCAUCAUCACAACGUGGGUCAAAGUUAUAGCAAAUUGAAAAAAUACGCCUGAACAACAUAGUUGAUUUCCAUCCAACGGCACGGAUCGCUUCAAGCGGCGGUCUCAGUCUCAGCACAAGCUAGGUGUUGCGAAUAAAUUGCGAUUUGAUCGUGUCUA